AUGUCUUAUAAAAGGAAGAAUUACUUAGAAUGGGAAGAAUACUUUAUGUUAACAGCUUUACUAACAGGACAACGUUCAAAAGACCCAAAUACUCAAGUAGGAGCAUGCAUAGUAGAUAAUCAAAAUCGGAUUAUUGGUGUUGGAUACAAUGGUUUUCCAAAAAAUUGCAGCGACGAUGUAUUCCCAUGGAAAAAAACAGGUGAUCUUUUAGAACAAAAAUAUAUGUAUGUAGUUCAUGCAGAAGUAAACGCAAUAUUAAACAAAAAUACAGCUGAUACUAAUGGAUCUAGAUUGUACGUUUCACUUUUUCCGUGUAAUGAAUGUGCUAAGUUAAUUAUACAAGGUGGUAUUAAAGAAAUUAUAUAUAUUUCUGAUAAAGAUGCAGAAAAGCCUCAUACCAUUGCAGCUAAAAGAAUGUUUGAUGCAGCCAAUGUAAAAUAUAGACAAUAUUUUUUGAAAAAUAAAAGUAUUUCGUUUGAUUCUGACAUAAAACAACAAAAAAUUGAAAAAUCCGAAGAAUGCUUAAGAGGGAAGGAAAUAUUUUAUUAUCCUUUUAUUUAUUUAAUUCCAUUUUUUAUAUAUAAAUGUUUUUUUAAUAAAAAUUGAAA